CGCUAACCGCCCAGAGCUAGCGCCUGUGGCUUCCGGGCUGGUGUUUUGGGGAGCGCCCGGAGAGCCCCUUCUCCAGUAGCCCCGGGAAGAGAGCACCGCUGCCCGGGCGUUGACAGCCGCGGAGAGCUGUGACUGCCCGCCAGCCGGGGGAAGUCCAGCGAGCGGCUGCAGCGGCAAAGAACUUUCCCAGCCGAGAGGAGAGGGGACAAGUGGUACCCGGGUCCCGAAGCGAACGUUUGCAAACCUUUCCUCUUAAGCUGCCGCAGCGGUGAUAAAGAAGAAGGCGGCAGGAGAGGAAAGAGAGGAGGGACGCGCGUCCAGCUUCGCUCACACCGGUUGCUGAACUUGGGCGAGCAAGAGCUGCUGGUGCCAGGAGCCCCCUCCCCUCGCAGCGGAGGAGGGGAGAGUCGUCGGAGUCGGGGCGGCUGCGACCCGCCGCCGGCUCGCCACUGCCGGAUCUGCACUAAGCGGCACCGCUUCGAGACUGCUGUCCCCGGGAAGCGAGUUCGUCCGAGCAACCACUGCGCCCGCUGAGCGCUCAGUGAGUGACCGCGACUUUUCAAAGAGAGGCAGCGCGCGAGAGCGGAGAAGGAAGGGUGCAGGCGGCAUCUUAAGCCUGCGUUCUCUGGAGCGAGCUGGUGAGGAGGGCGCUGGGGGGAGGACAGCCAGCGUGUGCGCGCGCUCUUAGAGAAACUUUCCUUGCCAAAGGCCGCGGGAGGCGCGGGUACCCCUCGCUUGCCAACGCGCUGUUGCGGCCCCGAAACUUCUGCGCGCAGCCCAAACUAACCCCACGUGAAGUGACGGACUCUUCUAUGACUGCAAAGAUGGAAACGACCUUCUAUGACGAUGCCCUCAACGUCUCCUUCCUCCAGUCCGAGAGCGGCGCCUACGGCUACAGUAACCCCAAGAUCCUGAAACAGAGCAUGACCCUGAACCUGGCUGACCCGGUGGGCAGCCUGAAGCCGCACCUCCGCGCCAAGAACUCGGACCUCCUCACCUCGCCCGACGUCGGGCUGCUCAAGUUGGCGUCGCCCGAGCUGGAGCGCCUGAUUAUCCAGUCCAGCAACGGGCACAUCACCACCACGCCGACCCCUACCCAGUUCCUGUGCCCCAAGAACGUGACGGACGAGCAGGAGGGCUUCGCCGAGGGCUUCGUGCGCGCCCUGGCCGAACUGCACAGCCAGAACACUUUGCCAAGCGUCACGUCCGCGGCGCAGCCGGUCAGCGGGGCGGGCAUGGUGGCCCCGGCGGUGGCUUCCGUGGCGGGCGGCAGCGGCGGUUUCAGCGCCAGCCUGCACAGCGAGCCGCCAGUCUACGCCAACCUUAGCAACUUCAACCCGGGCGCGUUGAGCAGCGGCGGCGGGGCGCCCUCCUAUGGCGCCGGCGGCCUGGCCUUUCCCGCGCAGCCCCAACAGCAGCCGCAGCCGCCACAUCACCUGCCCCAGCAGAUCCCCGUGCAGCACCCUCGACUCCAGGCCCUAAAGGAGGAGCCGCAGACGGUCCCCGAGAUGCCCGGGGAGACGCCGCCCCUGUCCCCCAUCGACAUGGAGUCACAGGAGCGGAUCAAGGCGGAAAGGAAGCGCAUGAGGAACCGCAUCGCUGCCUCCAAGUGCCGGAAAAGAAAGCUGGAGAGGAUCGCCCGGCUGGAGGAAAAAGUGAAAACUUUGAAAGCGCAGAACUCGGAGCUGGCGUCCACGGCCAAUAUGCUCAGGGAACAGGUGGCACAGCUUAAACAGAAAGUCAUGAACCACGUUAAUAGUGGGUGCCAACUCAUGCUAACGCAGCAGUUGCAAACGUUUUGAAGAGAGACUGUCGGGGGUUGAGGGGAAACGGAGACAAACAAAUAACAGAGACAGACUUGAGAACUUGACAAGUUGCGAGAGAGAGAAAAAAGAAGUGUCCGAGGACUAAAGCCAAGGGUAUCCAAGUUGGACUGGGUUGCGUCCUGACGGCGCCCCCAGUGUGCACGAGUGGGAAGGACUUGGCGCGCCCUCCCUUGGCGUGGAGCCAGGGAGCAGCAGCCUGCGGGCUGCCCCGCUUUGCGGAUGGGCAGUCCCCGCGCGAACGGAACGUUAGACUUUUCUUUAACAUUGACCAAGAACUGCAUGGACCUAACAUUCGAUCUCAUUCAGUAUUAAAAGGGGGGUGGGGGAGGGGUUACAAACUGCAAUAGAGACUGUAGAUUGCUUCUGUAGUACUCCUUAAGAACACAAAGGGAGGUGGGUGGGGAGGGGAGGCGGGAGGGAGGUGUGUGAGAGGGAAGCUGAGCCUACAGAUGAACUCUUUCUGGCCUGCCUUCGUUAACUGUGUAUGUACAUAUAUUUUUUUUUAAUUUGAUGAAAGCUGAUUACUGUCAAUAAACAGCUUCAUGACUUUGUAAGUUAUUUCAUGUUUGUUUGUUUGGGUGUCCUGCCCAGUGUUGUUUGUAAAUAAGAGAUUUGGAGCACUCUCUGAGUUUACCAUUUGUAAUUUGUAAUAAAGUAUAUAAUUUUUUUUAUGUUUUGUUUCUGAAAAUUCCAGAAGGGAUAUUUAAGAAAAUACAAUAAAAUAUUGAAAAAAUACUCCCCACCAACCUCUUUUCUGCAUUAUCUAUAGAUUAACCAUCUAAGUGGAGUUGAAAGAGUUAGGAGUGUCAAUUAAAAUCAUUCUCAAUGCUUACUAUCAAGCAAUAAAACCUAUUCUAUAUUGGACUUCAGAAACUGAUAUAGCUGAGGCUAUGAUCAAGUUAUACUCUUUCCUCCCCCAACUGUCUACAUAGAAUUGCUUACCAAAGGGCAAUGUGUAUCAAGGGGCUGGGGAGAUGGGGUUAAGGUGGAGUGGGACAGCCCACUGGGAAGUCAAAUAAUACUUUAAAGUUUGGGAUUGUGUCAAGUGGCAUGUGCUGUGACCGUUUAUAAUGUUAGUGGAAACUUAACAAUAGAUGCUUAUUCUCAAAGCAGAAACUGGCAGCAGAUUUUACAAAAGAUGUAUCCUUCCAAUUUGGAAUCUUUGACAAUUCCUAGAUUAAAAAAAAAAAUCUUUGCUUAUGAAUAUUUAUAACAGCAUCUUGUCACAAUAAAUAUAUUCAAAUACCAAUAACAGAUCUUGAUUUUCUUUCACUUUACUACUGUUUUCUUCCCAAGCUAUAUACUGAAGCAUUUCAGUUGCUGGGGUUAAUAUCAAUGGCAAUCUGAAGUUACUCAGUAAUAAAGUAGCAAAGAAUUUAGGAAGUCAAACCAGAAGUUGCAAUGGCAGUUUACCUGGAUGAAACAUUCUUCCAGUUUCUUUAUCCUUUAAGCCGUAAAUCUGUAGAAGGAAAUCUAAACUCUCCCCCUCUCUCUCUCCUCUCUGUCUCUGUCUCUUCCUGAAAUAAACACUGAUGUCCAGGGAAAAUACUAGUAUAGCAGUUUACCAUUUUGGAUCCUUUUAUAAUUCUUAAUUUGUUUCUAAAAUAAGCAUGUUUAAAUCAUUAUUAUGGAAUCAGUCUCAAAAGAUGGUAAUCUAGAUGCUAUGGAAAAGAUUAGCGAGAGAAAACAUGAACACAACGAUAACGUGUAAAUCAAACCUCAGCUCUGGAGAAAUAGCAAACUUAAAUUCUGUCUACAGAUAUAACUUAGGAGAUCAACAAGGAAGUACUCAACAAGGGAACAAUUUUUUGUUUGGUUGCAUUUUAUCCCAAGAGCCAGUGUGAUAAUCAAGCAGCAACAGCAAUUUGAUAUCCAGGAAUAUCUCACAAACCACUAAUUGAGGCAGAGCUGUUUGCUCAUUAGCGGUGCUUUAGUACUCAACAGGUCUGGGAGCCUGUGGCUGCAAAUCCUAAUAGACAAAGAGUUUCUCCUUAGGAGUAUAUCUAGGAGUUGAGGAGUUUGGACAGUGUCUUAGCUAUCAGAGAUACUCCAUUGUAAUAACGCUCCUUUCACAAAGGUUUACUGGGAGCAGAGCCCAGUUUGCCAAACAGCACGUUUGCCGAUGUCAGCAACCUGGAAGGUGAGUUGAUUUUGACCAUAUGUAGGAAUAGUUAGCAGAGGGACAAUAAAGCACUUUGGGGUGGGGCUCUGUGCAAGCUAAACAAGAGCCAACUAGAAAAAAUAAGCAGGCUGGGGAAUUAAUUACCUGCAAAGGUAGACUAAGCCCAGACAGCACUGCACUACAGAAAAGCCACACCAAUCCCCGGCUUGCAUUCAACUCCAGUAUUUAAAAACAAACAACUCUGAAACUCAGGCCUUUCCCACGUAUUUCAACUAACAUUCUCAAAUACAUAUGCCUAAAAUUUUAACCGUUCUAACAACAACAACAAACCCCGUUGCCUUCCAGAUGAUUCCGACUCAUAGCAACCCUACAGGACAGAGUAAAACGGCCCCAUAGGUUUCCAAGGAGUGGCUGGUGGAUUUGAACUGCCGACCUCUUGGUUAGCAGCCAAGCUCUUAACCACUGUGCCACAAAGGAGUAGGAAAAAAAUAGUUGCAGUAGAAAAAAAUUAACCAAUGACCUGUAAAUUUUGGAGACAGAAAAUCAGUGAAUUACUUAAAGAUACUCAAAGAUUAAUUUUAUUAUGGGCAUUGGGUGAGUUAUUCCGUGGAUAACAGUAAUAAUUGGAAAGGAUGAAGCCAGUGACACGUAAAACCAUUUAUCCUCUCUUAAUUUCUCUUGCUGUAAAGAUAUGUAAUAAAUUAUUCGAUCAGGGAUUCUUAAUGUUCUAUGUCAGAGGGUUGGUGAACUCAAUGAAAUUGUCCACAAAAUUGUGUGUGUGCAUGCAUGUAUAUGUAAGUGUGUGCACUUCCCUGGGAAUAGAGAUCAUUAGCUUUUAUUUGGUUCUCACAGAGUUUCAUGACUCAAAAAAAGUUAAUAAGCUCUGAAUUGAAUGGCUACACACCGCUAUCAGAAGCAUCACUGUUAUGGAUUGAACUGUGUUCUCCCAAAAUAUGUGUUGUACAUCCUAACCCCUAUGCCUGUGGUUAUAAUCCCAUUUGGAAAUGGGUUGUCUUUGUUAUGUUAAUAAGGGCAGGAUUAGUGUAAGGUGCAUUCUUGUGUCAAUCUCUUUUAAGAUAUAAAAGGGAUUAAACAAGUGAGCAGAGGAGAGAUGGGGUAAGAGAGAUGAGAAAGCCUUCCCCUAGAGCCAUCACUCUGAAUUUGGACUUCUAGCCCCCUUAACUGUGAGAAAAUAAAUUUCUGUUUGUUAAAGCCAUCCACUUGUGUUAUUUCUGUUAUAGCAGCACCGGAUAACUAGGUUACCUACCCUGCAGCCAAAGUGACCCCUCUAACAUGCAAGUCUGAUCGUGUCACAAAAAAAAAAACCAAAAAACCAAUCCCGCUGCUGUUGAGUUGAUUCCGACUCAUAGCAACUCUAUAUGAAGAGUAGAACUGCCCCAUAGGGUUUCCAAGGAGCACCUGGUGGAUUCAAACUGCUGACCUUUUAGUUAGCAGCCGUAGCUCUUGACCACUGCGCCACCAGGGUUUCCGAUUGUGUCACACUGCUGUGUAAAUCAUGUCAAUGUCUCCCUUGUGCAUGCUGGAUAAAAUCCAAAUUCCUUAUGGCCCAUGUGGUCUUGUACACUCUACCUCUUCUUCUUACUUUGAACUCCUCCUGCCCCGUCCUCUCGGCUCCAGCCACCUUGGCGUUCUCGCACCUUUAUGGCUUUGCCCAUGCUCUUCACUCUGCUUGGCCCAUUCACCCUCUUCACUGCCCCACUCAUCUUUCUAAUCUUCUUAGAUAACUAACAUAACUUUGUAUGAAUCUGAAUCCCGUGCCCUUUCACCCCGCUAUGCUUUUGCUUAUGCUCAUCUCUCUGCCUGAAAUACCUUUCCUUCUGGUUCACCUGAUGAAUUCUACUCAUUCUUCAAGGCUCGGCACAAAAGUCACCUUCUCUGGAAAGCCUUGCUAACUCCAUCUUCAGGUGGAAUGAAUAAUUCCCCACUGAGCAUCCAGAAAGAGGCCUGGUAACGCAAUGAUUUAGCACUCAGCUACUCACUGAAAUGUUGGCAGUCUGAAUCCACCAGCCACUCUGAAGGAAAAAAAUGUGGCAGUCUGCUCCCAUAAAGAUUUACAGCCUUGGAAACUCUAUGGGCAGUUCUACCCUGUCCUAUAGUGUCAUUAUGAGUUGGAAUCGACUGGACGGCAGUAGGUUUGGUUUUUGGGUUUUGAACCUCUGUGUCUCCUGGCUAGAACCCAAACCUACUCAUCUGUAUAUCACCAGACUCCUAGUACAGUCCUGGCACAUUGUUUAUAAAAAUAAAUGUUUGAUUCUGCAUCCCACUUUGAAAUGUGGCAUCUGGGGUCUUAAAUGCUAACAAGCAGCCAUCUAAGAUGCAUCAAUUGGUCUCAACCCACCUGGACCAAAGGAGAAUGAAGAACAGCAAGGUCACACGAUAACUAAGAGCCCAAGAGACAGAAAGGGCCACAUGAACCAGAGACCUAAAUCAUCCUGAGACCGGAAGAACUAAUUGGUGCCCGGCUACAACUGAUGACUGCCCUGACAGGGAACACAACAGAGAACCCCUGAGGGAGCAGGAGAUCAGUGGGAUGCAGACCCCAAAUUCUCACAAAAGGACCAUACUUAAUGGUCUGACUGAGACUAGAGGAAUCCUGGCGGUCAUGGUUCCCAAACUUUCUGUAGGCCCAGGACAGGAACCAUUCCCGAAGACAACUCAUCAGACAUGAAAGGGACUGGACAGUGGGUAGGAGAGAGAUGCUGAUGAAGAGUGAGCUAAUUACAUCAGGUGGACACUUGAGACUGUGUUGGCAUCUCCUGUCUGGAGGGGGGAUGGGAGGAUAGAGAGAGUUGGAACCUGGCAAAAUUGUCAAGAGAGACUGGAAGGGCUGACUCAUUAAGGAGAGAGCAAGUGGGAGUAUGGAGUAAGGUAUAUAUAAACUUAUAUGUGACAGACUAACUUGAUUUGUAAACGUUCACUUGAAGCUCAAUAAAAGUUAAUAAAAUAAAUAAAUAAAUGUUUGAUGACUGAAUGAACAAUUGAACCUACACCCUCCUCCAAAAUAAUUCCAGGUCUUAAUUUCUUCUAGUGGGAUACGCCUCAUCCAUUUCAAGGUGCACAACUCCAGAUGGAUUGAAGACCCUCUCCCAGAAAAGUAAAACCUGGCCAAUUACCAAUUUCUAAAGCCAACUUCUCAAUGAGUUCCCUUAAAAGAAUUAAGCUGUUAGCAUAGUCAUACUUCCAGCCACACAGAGCAUCCCUUUCCUCCUCCACUAAUACAAGUGGGCAUCUUCUUACACAAAACUGAUCUGCCUGAAACAUUAGGCUUGGAGGGAGGAGACGGAGAAAGAUAAUAUGUGUGUCAUUAAUAAAAAAAAACAGGCACAAAAAAUAAUACCAGAUGUGGCUUUAUUAAAAACAACCAACUCCACUAGUAGUAGUAUAGGGGACUUUCUCUUUGUAAAGUUAGAUGUUUUUCUGAAACCAGAAGUUAGUCCCCAAAGUAUGCUUGACAGAGACAAGGAUCACGCUAAUCCAUCUACUCCCCAUUUCCUUUUAUUAUUAGAGAAGCUGAGUAUCAGAUGGACCAAGGAAAAAAACACUGUCUUCUAGGCCCCUACCACACACCUCUUCAUGGGCCAAGUGGAACCUCAUGAAAGAGGUGAAGAGGGUUGGAAGCUGGGGUUGCCUUAGAAAGUGGAAGUGUCUUUUUCUAAUUCUGGAAUCCAGCCUUAGUUAUUUGAUUUCGGACUAGGUAGGGGCUCCCAUUGGACAUCUCAAAGAAGGGCAUUCCCCUGGGCUUGGCUUUUCUGCACCCCUAUGAUGGGCUGUGUGGAAUUUCUGGGUGAUGCAAAUAGUUAAUGAGCUCAGCUGGUAACUGAAAGAUUGGAGCUUUGAGUCCACCCAAAUUUGCCUUAGAAGAAACGCCUGGCGAUCUUUUUUUUUUUUGAAAAAUCAGCCAUGGAAAACCCUAUCAAGCACAGUUAUACUCUGACACAUAUAAAGUCCUCCUGAGUCGGAGUCAACUCAACAGCAGCAACUAGGCUUUUUUUUCAAUGCCAGCUUGUGGGGUUUCAUUGAUAAGCAAGAUACCAUCCCUUUUCUCAAGGAACUCUAUUGGGGAGGAGUUGGAGAUGAAGCAGAAACUAUUCCAAUGCCACAAGAUACACGCUGUAAGAAAAGGGUGCCAGACGGGGGGAGGAGGAGCCAUUGUCAGGAAAGACUUCACAAGAGAGAUGGCAUUUGAACCAAUCCAUUAGGACUAACCAGGCAAAAUAGGUGGGGGGAGGAACCUGUGUGCAAAGACAGGCAUGGAAGUACGAGAAAACAUGGUGUGUUUAGGGGCUUGUAAGCUGCUUAACUGGUUGGGAAUUAACUCUGUAAAAGGAAAAGUGAAGGGAAAUGAUGCGGCAAAGUUUAAUAAGGGUCAGGGUGUGAAGGAACAUCUAUUCCAUGGUAAGAAUUUGGUUGUUGUUCUGUAGGUGGUAGAGAACCAUGGAAGGAUUGGAAGCAGAGCAGGAACAAACAUACACAGCUCAGAAGUUAGGAAAGAUUCGUUUUGGCAGCAGUCUGGAUGAUGGGCUGUUGGAGAGGAGGCUGGGUAAGGAGAAUAAUAUCAGAGAGAGGCUUUCUGUUUAAUUUAGAAUGUCUACAGCGUUUAAAGUAGUCUUAAAGUUGGGGGAGAAAUGGGAAGAGGAUGACUUGGCCCAAGCAACCACGUUCCACACUUCUUCUUAUUCAACUUUUUGACAAGUUGGGCCCUAGGAGUGAUAUUGAGAAGUUCAUUUUUCUGUCCCAUACUCAAGUUUUCCUCUCCACUGUGUCAAUUUGAUAUCCUGAAAAAAAGUCAGCUUACAAAGUGGCCCAGAUUUCACCUGCUCAGUGUCAGGAUGCUCAAUUAAACAGGUGUCAAAGAAGGGGACCCAUGACCGCCUAGGCCAGGCCUCCCAGAAAGAGGACCUAAACCUGAUUUUAUCAGGUCCUCCAGAAUUGAUUAAGCUCAGUGGAAUUACUGGACCCAAACUAUACAAACUCUCUAUAAACAAAGAAGCCAAUGUUUUUUACUUAUUUUGGGGGAAUUGAAUUACAAUACCUUAAAUUCAUUCGACACUCAUUUUAUUUGAAUUCCUACUUUGUAUCACACAUUAGGAACCCAAAAGAGGGCAACCAGAUGCCUGCCCUCACGGAGUUUAUAAUCUAGUAAGAGAAACGUGUGGGGACAUUGGUGGUUCAGUGGUAGAAUUCUUGCCUUUCAUGGGGGAGACGGGGUUUGAUUCCAGGCCAGAGCACCUUAUGGGAAGACAACACCCAUCAGUCAGUGGAGGUUUGCACAUUUCAUUCCAUUCUGCAUGAACUCCACUUGAGUCAGGGGCCGACCAGAGGGCAGCUAACAAGAGAGACAUUGGACUAGGAAACACACAAAAAAAUGUGUGAUCAUACAUUUUGACAAGUGCAAUGGAAAGAACUAUGCACUGUAAGAGGGAAUAAUAAUUUAAAUUGAAUUGGGGACAAAGAAAACCUUUCUGAAGAAAUACUGGAGCUGAGACUUAUCAGAUGACUAACAGUCCAUCAAGUGAAGAGCCGAAGAGUAGGGGUAGAGAAUAUAGUUGGAGGGUCAGCUGAGGCAAGGCCCUGAGUUAGAAAGGACUUUGGUGUGUCCUAGGCAUUAAAAGAAGGCCUGGGUGGAGUGAGCAAAGGGAAGAGUGAUAAGUGAUGAGAUUUGUAAUCACCAGAUCAUAUUCUUAUACUUUAAAAAGUGCUUUCACUUCUUCUAUCUACUUUUAUUUUCACCACUGCACUGAGGAUACUCAUUGUUAGUAGCCGCAUUUCACUGGAGCAGGAGUGAACUUGCCCAGUGAGUUUCAAGUGCGUUUCUCAAGGCCAGUCAUGUACUAACUGGGGAACCAAGAUUAGGUUCUCAGGAGGAGAACUAUACUCUCCUCCUAUAUUAUUCCAGGAACUAGAUGCCCUGGUAUCCCUGGGUCCUUUAUCUAGUUCCUUCCCCCUACUUCUAUAUCAAGGGCCCUGAGGAACUGAAUUAGGCAUCAGACGGUUCUUUGAUGUGCACAGCGCCUGAGCAAAGGUAAGCAGAGAGAAUCUCCCGGGAUAUUUCAUCUACCCUAUAGUGAUGUCGAAUGAACACUCCUUGCACUGCUGCAAACUCUGUGCUGAGAAGUCCUAACAAUUUCUUGUUGUCCAAACUUCUGUACCACAAGGGCUCCUACUUUUAUGUACCCCUCCUAAAAUACAUUGCCUGCUAGGGUCUUAAAAACUUGCAAGUGGCCACCCAAGAUACAGCAAUUGGACUCUAUUUGCCUGGAGCCACAGAGGAAGAAGGAGACCCAGGAAUCAGAGAAGGAAAUGGACUACAGCUCUAGUUGUAUUCAUGAACUACACUGUCUCCUUUGCCAUGAGACCAGAAGAAAUGGAUGGUGCCUGGCUACUAUUACUGAACGUUUUGAUCAAGGAUCCAAUAGAUGGAUCAUGUUCAAAAGGAGGAAAAAUGUGGAACAGGACUUUUAAUUCUCAUGGAAACCAGACUUACUAGAUCCACUGAGACCAGAUGAACCUGGAAAUGAUUUUUAAACCUUGAACUGAUAUUAUCCCAUGAAGUCAUUUUUAAACUAAACAACAGUUUAGCUCAAUUAAUAAAUGUUUGUCUUCAGUAUGAUACUCUUUUAAAGAAUUAUCUAUAUGAGAUCAAAAUGAAAACAGUAACCCAAAGUACAAUGAGAACUGUAAUGGGCAGAGAGUCUAAGUUAACAGUAGUGAAGCAAUAUGGGUAGAGAUAGUGAGAAAGGUGACACAAUGUGAGGUAUGUAGCCUUUGUCAUUGAAUUGCAGAUGAUAAAACUGUUGAAUGGGUGUAUGUUUUGUUGUGUAUAUUUUCACACACACACAAAUUGCCUGAUGAUUGCCUCAUUAUUUCUUCAGAAAAUUGGGUUACCAGAUCAUUGAUUAAGUUACUGCCUUCUUUGGUUCCAAGUAUUCACUGGCCACCUGAAUAGAACUUGAGUAUUUCCCAAAUCUUCUCAGGAUUAUCCGUCCAUCAGUUUCUGGAAAUGGUUAAUCUCUUCUGGGAUGUAUUGGUUCAUCCUAGGUUCAUGCUCAGAGGAGGAACUUUCCUUGACUUUAUCUCAAACUGACUACUCUAAUAGGAUGCUUAUAGGGGCCAGUAACAAAGACACAAUUUAAACACAAAGUCUAGACCUAAAAGUAUCCAGGGGCAGUUAAAAUACUGGCUCAAGGACAUCAUUAUGGGCGCGAGUGCUUUCCAUCUUUUCAUCUCCCCAUUCUCAAGUGUUUGGAGGAACUACUUGUAUGGACUCAAGAUAGGUUUCUGUCAUCGUAAGUAAACACAGUAAUUACCAACAGAAUGUUUGUUUCCAUCUUUCUGUUUUUAUUAGCAAUAGAAACCUUUCCUAGAAGGCUCCCACCUCCAAGCCAGUAGACUUCCCCUCCGGAGCCAUUGGACAGGAGCAGGUCACACACUUAUACCUAAACUCAUUGCCAGCAAGGGGAAUGAGACCACCAUGGCUGGCCUACAGUCAUGAAUUACACCUUAGGACCAACAUUUUCUAAGCUGACAGGAGGAUGAAUACCAAAAAUAAAUUUAAAAAUAAAUAAAGAUCAGGGCUCUGAUAACAAGAAAGAAGUAGAGAAGAAGGAUGGCCUUUGGGUUGAAGGAGUAGUCACUAGUAACUAGUGCUCUACAGCAAAUAUUUCCAAUUCUUCCUCUAAGCACAGGUAGGAUUGUACUUCUCUGCCUCCUUGAAGUUGUGUGAGGCCUUGUCACUUGUGUCAGGAAUGAAAUGUGACCAGUGGUGACAUACAUUACAUUCAGGCGAAAGCCUAAAAGGCUAGAGUAAGAUUCAACAUGUUACAUUUUCCCAGCCUUAGCAAUUGUGGAAGGACAAAGAUGGAGUGCCUUUCAACCUGGGUCCCUAAAUGAUAGUGGUAUAAACCAAAGCCCUCUUUCCAACAUGCCUACAAUGGACAGUUAGCAUGAGCAAGAAUGAAACCUUUGUUGUUUUAAAGCACUGAGUUUUGAGAGUUGAUUGUUAUGGUAGCGUUACCUAACCAAGCCAUUUGGCAUGGCGACCCCAUGUGUGUCAGAGUAGAACUGUGCUCCAUGUGGUUUUCAAAGGCUGAAUUUUUCAUAAGUAGAUUGCCAGCCCUUUCUUCCAAGGCACUUCUGGGUGGACUCAAACCUCCAACUUUUCAUUUAGCAGCCAACACAUUAAUACAUUAACCUAGGAGCUCCAGCAUUACCUAGCUUAUCCUAAUUCAGUAGGAAAGAACAGUGCCUGCCACAACUCUAACAAAAGUGACACCUUUAUAAUUUUCAUAAUAAAAAAAAAUUAUAAUUUUCAUAAUAGAUACCAUUUAUUAAGCUUCGUCUAUGUAGCAGUCACUGUUAUAGGACUUGUGAGGUAGACGUGAGGGUUGUAUUUUACUUAUGAGGAAAUGGAGGUUCAAACCUUGUUCAAGGUCAUAGAAUAAGUGACUAGUGGAAACCCAAACUGAGUCCAGGUCUCUCUGAGUCCAAAGAACUUGCUCUGUUCACACGUGACCUUGCUCCUGAACUGUACUGCCACAUAAAGCUACAUCUCUGUUGAGC